AAUUAUUACACCGUUGUAUAACGUAGUACAGUUUCGGACACAUUGUGUGAAAUUGCGCAAAGAAACACCAGCGUGAUGGAAAGGGACUUAAACCUAGCGCUGGUUUUAAGUACACAAUAACAAGCCUAGCAGUGUGUGUCGUGUGGCAUAAGGCAGAGGUUUUAAGGUGGACCAACUACAACAGAGCCACAAUCCAGAAAGAAAGGAGGUCUAGCAGGACAGACGGAAGCCAUCGCCAGGAGGACUGGAGACGGAGCUUGCUACGUGAUUAAUAAAACGAAGAACACGUUGGUGCCGGACUAUGAAGGAAAUGUAGCGGUGGAGGACGGAAAAGAGACACGGAGCAUGCACUGGUAACCAGGACUGAUGUCUUUGAAGAUUUUGCUGCCAGCUGACACAGGAACACCAGGUUUCCUUCCAGAUGUAAUCCUCAUCAUCCUGGAUAGAUCCUACUCAAAGAAAAGGAUUGUGUAGCAUAAGAUCCAGCUUCAAGCCUUUGCAAAGAAUGGCUAAUGGGUGGGAUUCAUACUGCUAUAAUCCUCCACCUUUAACAUCGGAUCCAAGUACUUUGAGAAGAUCAGAGUCCGAAAAAAAACCUUCCCAGCAUAUAGAGAACUUCACUGGACACCAUGAGUUCUCUAGCUCAGUGGCUUUUCAUGAAGCUCCUGCAGCAAAAUCAAACUUUAACACAAACUGCUACUCUGGUUCAGACUGUGUUUAUCAAAGAUACUACAAAGAAUCUCAAUGGCAAGCUGAUAUUGGACAAAUGGACAAAGGUUCCCUGCCAGAUAAUGAAUCAUCAGAUAUUGCCACAGAAGGACUGUCAACAUCUGGAUCUUUUCCUUCAUCCUUGGCAACGAACACACAAGGAAUUACCCAGGACUCUGAAAUGGCUACAUCAUGUAUUGAGAACUAUUCAGUUGCCAGUAGCUGUUCAUAUGCAGAGGUCACUGAAACAAGGCCUUCUUGCAAAUUUGUGGCAAGUACUGGUAGUCCAGCUUCAAAUCCUAAAACUGGAGUAGCUGCUAAGCCCAGUUCAUCAGAAUGGCUUCUACCUCAUACAUACACAUCUUUACCUGCUAAGAGUCAAUGUCCUUAUAUGUCAGGGAUGAAUGAAAACUUGCAGAGACCUUCAAAUGUGAUGACAGGAGGACACUUAAAUCCAAGUGCACAUGAAGAUAUCAGUAUAAAUGAAAGACUGAAAUGUCAAGCAGAAGAUCAACCCUCUAUUACUGCUAACAUAAUGGCUACCACAGAAAGGACUGUAGAUGAUGGAAAUAUCAAAGAUGGUUAUCAGAUCCACAGACUAAUGAAUCGAACUGAGAAACACCAAGGAGAGUCCUCACACAUCAAGAUGAGGUCCACUGAAAGUGUAACUGAUGAUGAGACGGAUGAAAAUUCAGAUGACAAUAUUGAAGAGCAAUUCACUUCAGGUUCUCAAAGUAGCACGACUGUUUUCAUAAAUGAACAAGAUCACAAGGAACAAGUCAUAAAAGAGAGAAUAGAACCAUCUCUUUACCAAGAAAAUGUUGGAUUGGAUGUUCCCAACAGGGCAACUGGACAAGCUAAAGUCCCGGUGGAGGAUCAGCGGAAAGAAAGGAUAGAACCAGGGCCUGAGACUGCAGCAGAUGGAACUGUUAAAGAUCGCCAUCAAAUCCAGAGUCAAAUGACUGAAACUGAGAAAAAACAAGGAGAAACGUCACAUUUCCAAAUGAGUGAUAUUGAAAGCAUGACUGAUGAUGAUGAAGAGGAGGGAUACCUAGUUGGCGAUUCUGACGAGCAGAGCAUGAGUCCUUUAAGUACCAUGGCUUCUUUCAAAAAUGAGCAAGAUCCCGAUGGCAUCAUCAUGAAAGAGGAGACAGAACCACAACUUGAUCAAGCAAAUGUUGGAUUGGAUGAUCCCAGCAGUAAAAGUAGUCAAGCGGAUCAGCAGGAUGGGUGCAAAGCCCUGAAAGGAGAAAGGAUAGAACCAGGGGCUGAGACUGUAAAAGAUGGAAAUGAUGAUGAUCCUCGUCAAAUCCAGAGUCAAAUGAAUGAAACUGAGAAUGAACAAAGAGACACAUCACAUUUCCAAAUGAGGGAUACUGAAAGCAUAACUGAUGAUGAGGAAGAGGGAUACCCAGUUGGAGAUGCCGAAGAGCUGAGCAUGAGUUCUUUAAGUUCUAUGGCUUCUUUGAAAAGUGAGCAAGAUGAAAAAGUCAUUGAAGAAGGAAUAGAUCAAUCACUUGACCAAGAAAAUGUUGGAUUGGAUGAUCUCAACAUCACAGGUGAUCAAGCUAGAGAUACAGUGGAGAGUCAGCAGGAUGAGAGCAAAGCCUUUAAUGGGGAAAGUUCAGGAUCAGUGUCAUUAGAAAAGGGAAUUUUUGAUGAGCAGACUUACUCAAAUCUCAACACCAAGGAUGGUCAAGAGGAAAGCAAAGAGACCAUCUGUAGGGAUAAAGAUGCUAAGCUAAAUACUCCAUCUUUAGAUCCGUCAGACAUUGCUGUACCUGACUCUAAAAAUUUAACUCAUGAAGCGAGAGCAUGCACUAACACCUUGGAAAGCAAUACUGAAUCCCCUUUGCAGUCUUCUAAGCAUGAGUCUUUUGAAAGUGUGCCAGAGGACAAUGAUUGUAGUAGCUCUACGGUAUUGAGUGAUGAUUAUUUAAACCUUGAAAGUGAAAAGGAUGAGCAAAGCAAUGAAAGUCAUUCAGAAUUCUGCUUACAGCCUUUAAGCCCCAGCACAGAAGAGAGUCCUUGUCAAGAUGAUGAAAGGACAAGUGCAGCACAGUGGACACACAAUGAAACCUCGCUAGAUGCAGGUCACAAAAGUCUUGCUCUCACUUCUGACAGUCUGUCGAUUGAAACCACUGAUGAAGUAACACAAGAUGCUUCUAAUAGCACAGACUGCAGCGUGCGGGGAAACGGUUUAAGCACAGACUUUACUCGCUGUCUUGAAAUGGAAAAAACAAGUGCUACAGAGGUAACAAGUACAGUUUCUAGUCCUAAUCGGCAUCAGUCUCUAGAUAAAAUACUGGUGGUGCCUGAACCUGAAGAUUGUGUAGUAGAUGAUGCUGCAAGCUCAAGAGACUCAUUUGAAGAGAUGGAUACACCUGCUGAGGAAGCGUCAGGUCUUGGCAUGAUGUACGGUGAACCCCUGGAGGACUCAUCAUGCGACACUGAUGAACCAAAAUUUGAUGUCAAUCUCUAUGGAGAACCAGCUGUUGCCAUACAUGACAGUAACAGUGUAAAUCAUUUAGAAGGACAAACGCCUCAACUAAAAUCUUAUUCACAAAUGAGAAAACUCCUGCAGCCUGUUGUAAUACUGACAACCUCAGAGUCAAUUAAUGGAAUGACCAACUCCUAUUAUUGUGCAAACUGCAAACACUCAACCUACAAUGUGGAUCAUCUAAUUGAACACCACUAUGGCUGCCAUUCCAGGCACUGUUUUCAGUUUUGCCAGACUUGCAAUGUCUACUUGAUGGGAAAUGAACAAGCAGAAAAACACCUUUGUGGUGAAACCCUAAGGACUGAUGUUGCAGAAGACACUGAACUCUAUUCUGACCCUUGCCUUCAACAGAAUAAAAAAAGAGGUGGUCGGACAUGCUCAAAGUGCCAAACUACAUUUUUUAAGUUAACUCAUUAUAUCUCACACAUGCGGUCUCACACUGGCAUAACACCAUACAAGUGUAUUAAAUGUGGGUCAUUUUUCUCACAGUCCAGUGCCCUAAAAAGACACACCAAGAAACACUGCAAGUACAGGAUGACACAGCUUCCCGUUGAUAAUGUAGAAGCUGUUGUCAGCACAGCUGCAUCAUCGCCAUCAGACACCUUGGUGCAGGAGAAGCCAUCUGGAAACCUUUAUGACUGUUUCAUAAAGCUAGAUAAUGUUCACAAAACUAAUUAUUGUAGUUUAUGUGAUAGAUAUUUCUUAACCCGAAACCAGGCAAGAAAACACUACCAUAACAAACACAAGAGACCUAAAGUUGGACUUUUGUCAAGUCUUUGCAAAAGGACAAGUAGUAGUAAGAAAACCCAAAUGUUAAAGAAUGUAAUCUUCAAAUGCCCUCUUUGCCCACGGCCUUUCAAGUAUGCUUACAACAGGAAUCGACACUUACGACAAUGCGUCAGAGAAGCCGUAUUUGGUGGCAAGUGUAAAGUAGAUGGUAAAUUUCAAUGUCCCUUGUGCCUAGCUAAAUUUACUUUAACAUCAAACCGGUACAGACAUAUUAAGUCAUUUUGCCUCAAAAACUACUUCAAUCAGCUCAAAACAGAUCCAGCAUUGAGGCGAAAAGUUGAACAGAAAAGACCAAACACAAAGACAAAGGAACCUGUGCACAAAACACUGCCAAUAAAAGAGGAGCUGAAACAAGAAGCACCCCCAGUCUUGGCAACCAAUAUCGAAGCACGUUACAAAUGCACCCUGUGUCCGGCAGUCUUUUUUCAUCCUUCGGGAAAGUACAGGCACAUGAAGAAACAUGAGUUGUUAAAACUCACUGGCAAAGCUAUUAUUUUCCGAAAAUCAGUUUUCUCUAUCACUCCUAAAUCAGAAACUGUAACUCUUCCAAAGACUGAUAACAGUAAAGAAAACCUGAAUUCAACUGAAGAAGAUAGCAGCCCUGCCUUAAGCUGUCGUUUUUGUGGAAAGUCUUUCAGCACGAUGAAGGAACUGAAGACUCAUGAGCGCAAUCACAGAGGUGAAAAACCAUACCAAUGUCUGCAAUGUGGAAAGAAAUUCAAGAAACAUUGCUAUGUUGUUGCCCACAAAGUUGUUCAUCAGAGGAGGAUACAGUGCACUGUGUGCAGAAAGAUUCUUCCAACCAUUGGAGAACUGAUUCAGCACAGAAGCACACAUCUUAAAAGAGGAAUGCUUAAAUGCCCUGACUGCACAAUGGAGUUCCAGUAUCCUGCAAAUCUCCUUCGGCAUGUACGUACCCACAAAAGAAAGGAGGAAAAGGCAUCUCAGCUGAAAGAACAACUAUCAGUAAAAGUACAACCACAGAAAUCCUUGGACUGCGUGAAGGAGCAGAGUGGACAAAAACAGUUGCAGUGCUCCCUGUGCAAAGAGGUUUUCGAUGAUUUCAAUGUACUUAAAAAGCACUGUCUAACUCAUAUAUCUGACUCUUCUGCAAACCAGUGUCCAUUUUGCAAGCGUAAAUUCAGUGUGCGCCGUUAUUUGGUGCGCCACAUGAUCCUGCAUGCUGGUGACAAACCCUUUUCCUGUACAAACUGUGGGAAACAGUUUUACCAUAAUUUUUCCCUUACAGUUCACAGGAGGACAUGUUUACCUGGUCCAACACCACUUCCUGCCACAGCGGUUCCUGAUAGUAGGACUAGAACAACACUUCAAUGUCCCUGUUGUCCCCGGCUGCUAAAAACCAAAGAGCGCCUGAUUAAUCAUGAAAGUGACCACAGGAACAACUUACUAGAUAUGUGCUCAGUAUGCGGGAAGUUCUUCAGGCCAAAAAAAUUAAGACAACAUAAGAAUAUGUUUUGUGGUGGCUCAUCAUCUCAAAAUGCCGUUUUCAGCAAAGUCUCCUCAAAAUCAACUCAGAGGGUCCCUGAACAGCCUUUACCAGCAAAGAGGGUCCCUGAACAGCCUUUACCAGCAAAGAGGGUCCCUGCACAGCCUUUACCGCCCAAUUCAACCAUGCUGCUUCCAUUCAAGUGCCCCCACUGUCCACAGAGAUUUAGGUACAGAUCGAUAUACCUUAGACAUCAAUACAGACAUACAGGUGUGCAACCAUUUAUAUGUUCACACUGUGGCAAAGGAUUUCGAGCUCAUAGACCAUGGUUAGAACAUGAAGCUGACUGUGAUGCUGCUCCAAAACAAGAACAGUCAGAGGUCAAAAGUGAAGCUGCAACACAGUCGUCAGACAUUCCAACUAGCACAGAAACAGUACAGGCGCCGCAUGUGGAAGGAAAUGAAUUCAAGUGCAAAUUCUGCAACAAGACCUUUAUGAAAGCGCGAUCUCUGAGACGCCACAUUUUGACACACAAUGAAGUCAAGCCAUACCGCUGUAAAGCUUGUGAUAGCUGUUUUUCAAGGUAUGAUCACCUUAAAGUACAUCAGACUCGUUGCAGAGGGAAAAGGAGGCGAUUGGAGGUCUGUAUUCCCAAAAUCAGCUUAAAUGACAUUGGAAGGGGUUGGCAGGAUACGUUUAGUAUUAAUUUGGCUGAAAAAGAGGAGACAUUUGAUUGCAAGAUCUGCUCAAAAAGCUUUCCAUCUCAGUCUAAACUUUCCAGACACAACACCAUGAACCAUACUGUAAAAUUAUUCAAAUGCCUAAAAUGUGGCUCCGCCUUUUCUCAUGCAAAAACUCUGAGAAAGCAUCAGAAGAUGAGAAAGUGCAGAAAGGCUGCCAAAGCAAAACAAGCAUCAUUCUCACUAGACACUAAACCAUCUCCUGAUAAACCAUUUACUGAAAACUUGACAAACUCCCCGCUUGAGGUGCAAGGUAGAAUCCUUCACAGGAUCCAACCAUUUUUCAACAAAAAAAACAAACAUUUGUGUAAGUACUGUCCUCGUGCUUUUAAAAGCCUUUGGCAGUUAGUCACACAUAAUCGCCUACACACUGGAGAGAGGCCGUACGCCUGUGAAACUUGUGGUGAGAGGUUUAUAAGGAAGGAUUAUGUGAAGCGUCACUACCCAAAGUGCAGUAAAAGACAUGGGAAAGAUAACGUGCUUUGUGAUGGAUGUGGAGGAUUUUUCUCCCAGCUGAAGCUAGAAGAUCACAGAAAAACGUGUGCUUUAAUUCCAAGCUCUUCAGAAUCAACAGUCGGUCAAAGCAAACAGUCAGUCCCUCAGAGCCCACCAAAAGGCUUUUCCUGUGCUUACUGUAGUUCCCGGUUUUUACUGUUUUCCCAACUCCAAGAGCAUUUUUUGAAUGCACACAAGGUGGAAACAAUGGUGCCCCCGGUGACGACGGCUCCCUUACAACACCACCUAUCAAAUAUUCCAAACAUCAAAGAAGAGCCUGUGGAUGAAAGCUGUGACAAAGGGAGAACUGAAAGUACUAAUGUCAUCUGUCAACUAGAUGCAGCUCUUGACAUUGAGGAGCCCACCCAGUAUGCCUGCUCCCAGUGUGACAUGACCUUUUCAUGUAAAAGUGGACUAGGUGGUCACCAGCGUGUACACAGGAGGCAGCAGCCUUAUACAUGUAAAGUAUGCCAACGAGGCUUCUGGAAUAAGAACUUUUAUCGCAAUCACUACAGGAAAUGUAGAAUGACCCAAAUUUUAGGGAGAAGUACCACACCACAGUUGGAAGUCCCAUUGAAAGCAGAAAUUGAUCUUGCAUUGAAUGCCUCCAAUCUAGAGUUUAAAGAUGAAUCCAAACCAGCUGACUCUGAGGUUUUACAGACGAACUCCUCCAGUCAAGAGGACAUAGUGCAGAAAGCAUCAGAGGAAAACCAGGUGCACAACACCCCAGUUAAAGAAAAGAAGGCUGUGCAAUACCAAUGUUCAGAAUGUGAUGAGAGUUUCACAGAUGGCUUAAUGCUUAUAAGUCACCUCGAAGACCAUGGAAGAGAGGAGCAAGAGAGAAAACGCAAUGCAUGUACAAAGUGUGGAAAGUUGUGCUCUAGUCAAGGAAAUCUCCAAAAACACAUGAGGAGCCAUCAUGGCAUGGGUAAGAAUUUUUCUUGCCCUGACUGCUCCAUGGCCUUUAACUCUCCAACUGAUCUUGAAAUCCACAGAACAUGCCAUGAUGCAAAUCGGCCUUUUGUUUGCAAAAUAUGUAGUCAAAGGUUUUGGACAAGCCCAUCUUUACGUAAUCAUUACCAUAAAGCACAUCCUGAGGAUAUUUACACAUGUCGAUUCUGUAGCAAGACCUAUGCAGCCAAAAAGUCCCUGGCGCGACAUUACAAAACAAUGCAUCAAAAAGAGCUCAAGGAGAGUAGUGUACCGAACCAAAGCAGCAGCAGUAGCAGUGAAAAACAAGCCAGCAGUCAACACAGCACAACUGCCGAAAGCGAUAUGGAUGAAAAUCACUGCAGCGAGGACAGUGACUCAGAUUCUGCCCCAUACUUUCCAUGCCAUGUCUGUGGGAAGACAUUCCCAACAUCAGAAAGUCUUGAGGAUCAUCAGCGGUGUCACUUGGGUGAAAAACCACAUGAAUGUGAAGAGUGUGGUAAAUGUUUUUAUCAGGCAUCUCAAUUGCAGCAACAUCAACGAAUGCACAAGUCUGAAUUCCAGUGCCAGUUAUGUGGCAGGGGCUUUGUCUCGCUCUUUGCUCUGCGUAAACACAAGCAUAGUCAUGGAAAGAGCCGCCCAUACCGUUGUUCUAAGUGUCAACUCAGUUUCACUGGACCCUCGCAGUUGGCAGAACACAUGUCAAGUCAUCGUGAAGAAAGUUUCCCAUGUGAUAUAUGCAAUCAUGUGUUCCCCACCAAGAGUAGUAGAGUUGAGCAUCGAAAAAGCCACUCUAACUCGGGUGAGCUUCUACCAGCUUCGGUUUCAAAGGAAGGAAAUGAAAAGUCUUUGUCAAAUGCUGAACUUAAAUAUCGUUGUGGUGUCUGCAAUGAGCGUUUCAGGGACCCAGAGGAGCUUUCGGAGCAUGGCUGUUUUGCAGCCAAAGAGCGACAGUAUUCUUGCUUAGAUUGCGAUAAACAUUUUCUGCAUGCAUCACACCUGAAAAAGCACAGGGCCACCCAUAAAGUAUCAUGGUCUAGUUGUGAAUAUCCAUGUAAUCAAUGCAACAGCAGUUUUUCGUCAUCGCAGGAGUUUCUGAGCCAUGCAAAGAGCCACAUUGAAACUGCAGCAGAAAGUGAUCAAAACUCUGAAGCAAAAGAUAGUGGUUCGUCAGAUGGUUUCAUAUGUCCAGUUUGUCAUCAGUGUUUUGUCAGUGUCACAGAACUGAUCCAUCAUUUUCCCAUGCAUCCUGAUAGUACAUUUGAAUGCAAAACAUGUGGAAUAUCACUUCCCUCUGAGAGUAAACUAAAAGAGCAUGAGCGCAAUCAUCUGAUAACAGAUACUGAGUUUGAAUGCACAGAAUGUGGCCAGAGCUUUUUUGGAAGCAAUGCAUUCCUCCAACACCAAUGUUCAGAGCAGAAACACAGAGUGGACCAAACUGAACACUCGUAUUCAUCAGCUAUGAAAUCCCCUCCAACCUACUCUCAAACAACAGCAGAGGAAGAGGAGGUAGAUGUCACUGAUGAGGAUAUGUAUGAUUGCAUUGUUUGCUCAAAGCAGUUCUCCUCAAAAAGCAGUCUUCUAGAGCAUCAAAAUGAAAAUCAUGCAGAUAAGCCAUUCAAAUGCGAGGCAUGUGGAAAGAGGUUUGCUCUGAGGAAGUACCUGAAACAGCAUGAACGAAAGCAUUGUCAUAAAUCAAUUGCUCAGCGUAAGAAUCAGUUAACAGAGACCAAACUCAAAUGCACUGAGUGCCAGAUAGAGUUUCAUACAACAGAGGAUCUUUCUUUGCAUAAGAGGCUGCAUGCUGAAAAAGAAGGUGGAGAUUACCGCUGUGACAUGUGCUACAAGUCCUUCAGCCAGUUGUCUCUACUAAGGCAGCACCAAGAGAGUCACGUUGGCCAAAUUGUGUACGAGUGCACUGAAUGUGACAAAGCCUUUGCUUUCCCUCACUUACUGGAGGAACAUCAGCAGACUCAUGCAGGGUCCUCUUAGUAGAAUAAUAAUAUACCAUCUCUCUUCUGUUUCCUCUGAAUCAAUCAACUAAAGGUUCUUGAAUUUCUUUUCAUGCCUUACAUCUGACUGUGAACCUUGAAUGGUAGUGACUACACAAGUUCAAUUUGUGUUUUUGUCCCUUGCUGUAAAUUAACGGUCUUGGCUCUUGUCAUUUUGACAGUGCAUAUUCCCCUAAGUUCCUGAUUAUAUUCUGUAUAGUUUGAAGUUGUAACAAAUGGAAUUUGUACAGAGUUAAUGACUGCCAUAUUUUCUUUAGUGUUUGUAAAAUAGGGUUAGGUUGAUGAAUAUUCUGUAUUAUAAAUAUUAACAAACAUGGUUGGAUUAACUGUUUAUGAAAUGUCUUUGAUAAAGACUGGAUUUGUUUUGAUCGAGAAUGAUCAUUUUUUUAUGUUUUUUAAUGUAGUUUUUUGGUCUUUAUUUUUGACAAAUGUACAAUAUCGGUAAUUUUUAUCUCAGUAUUUUCUAUGACUGUCCAUCUACUAGAGGUGAUUGAGAAAUCAUUGGUUAAUCAUUUCCUUGUGUUCAUCACCAGUUUCUUUUUUGAUAUAGAUGAGCAUCUUGUACAGAUGAUUCAGACAUGUUUAUACUGUAUGUUCCUUUUCAAUAACUGAUGAUGAUAAAGCUUUCAUAAGAAAUUUGAGUUGAUGUAUUCAAGUAAAGUCUACUAGUAAAUCUUUUUACUGGUCCUUUU